UAUAAAACCAUGUUGGAAAGCUCCUAACGCAUUUGCACGCUAGCUAUCCGGAGAACCGCCGUUUUAUGCUUCUGGUUUUCGGCGUCAGAUUUAGCUGCUGUUUCAACACAACACUAAUAUAAAUAUGAAUUAUUCAGAUUACGACUCGGAUGAUUAUGCCUCAAAUGAGGAUGAAGAUUAUGUGCCAUCCGAUGAUAAUCUGAGUGAAGAUGACAUAAAUGAAUGUGAGAAAGAAGAUGGUCUGGAGGGUGAAGCACAUGAUGGGCAGCAGUCUGAACAUGCGAAGAAGAAAAAGAAGAAUAGCAAAGGUGGAAUUCCUAUGAGAAAAAGAAAGAAAGGAUGUCUCAAAAUUGAAGACAGUGAGGGAAGUGCAGUAGACCAGCAGGGAAAUGAAGAUGAGAUAAAAGAAGAUUAUGUAGUAAAAUCAACAGAGAAGACUGAAGAAAAGCAGAAGAAGAAAUCAGAUGAUCUUUGGGCAAGCUUUCUGAGUGAGGUUGGACCUCGACCGAAAACAUCAGUGUCUCCAAGUGCAGACUCUCAACAGUCCACAUCCACAGCCAAAACAGAUCAGCCCAGUAAACCCUCCACAGGGUCUGAGCAGCAGGGGGAUAAACCAAAAGAAACCACAAAGAUCACCAUUACCAAGGUGUUUGAUUUUGCUGGGGAAGAUGUGCGAGUUUCUAAAGAAGUGGAUAUAAAUUCACGGGAGGCCAAGAGCUUUUUGAAGACAGAGGAGACAUCACAGGAGAACAGUGAACAGCAGCCCAUAUCCUCUGAACCAACGCCCUCUUUCGGAUCCAGUGUGAAGAGGCCAGCAGGCGUGGGCAGCAUCCUAAAUCGCAUAGGGUCCAAAAAGCAGAAGAUGAGCACUUUGGAGAAGUCUAAGAUGGACUGGGAUGCCUUUAAAUCAGAAGAGGGCAUUGCAGACGAGCUGGCCAUCCAUAAUCGAGGCAAAGAAGGAUACGUGGAGAGAAAGAACUUCCUGGAGCGAGUUGACCACAGGCAGUUUGAGCUGGAGAAGAAUGUGCGUCUGAGCAACAUGAAGCAAUGACAACAGGAGAGAGAAGAUUCACAGAUCCAUUUCAACACAGACUGCCUCACCUUGUUCUGCAUACAUGCUCGGUUUCUUUAGUCAUAUAAACUGAAUUCCUCCUGGCAUAAUGAGACAAAAAGCUGCUCUGCCAUAACAAUCUCUUGGACAUUUUGAUCAAACAACAUUCGUAUCUUCUCUUUUUUACUUUCUGUGGACCUGAGAAACCCUCAUCAUCUGUCAUUGAUAAUGACGUGAUUUCAGCUGUGUACAUUUGGCUUUCUUCCUAGGUCCUCAUCUAUGUGGUAUUCAUUAGUUCUUUUUCAAUAUAAAAAUAUGUUUAUGUUUUCCUUUCUUCUGUCCCAUCUGAACAUUGACAGAGGGUAACAUUAAUGUGCAUGGAUGUGUUGAAAGCAUCAUGGAGGCUUAAAGAGAGAGUUCACCCAAAAAUGAAAAUGAUGUCAUUGUUUUCUCACCCUCUGGUCAUUUCAAACCUGUAUGACUUUCUACUGCAGAACACGAAAGACGAUAUUUGAGCACAAAUGUUUGUAACCAAACAGUGGUGGUACCCAUUUACUUUUUGGAGUCAAUGGGUUUUGCUGGUGUUCAGGUUACCAACAUUCUUCAAAAUAUCUUCUUUUCUGUGUCAUACCGGUUUGAAAUGAUAAGAGGGUGAAUAAAUAAUAACAGAAUUUUCCUUUUUGGGUUAACCAUCCCUUACACCUAAACAUAUUACAUUUUGCGGCUCCAGCGCUCACUUGAUCCAAAAACCAUCAGGGAUUUGUCAUUGUGAUGCUGUCUAAACGGAAGCAUUCUUGGAUAUUGUUUAUUUGAUGGUAACAGGGAAGGGUGACUUUGUUUUAUUUUAUCGUGUAUACUUACUACUGUACGUCUGGAUAGUUUAUUUUGUUAAGACUUGUGGUAUGAUAAUUACCCCUCCGUUAUUUUAAACAAUGUGUUUCAAUGUUUGACUGAAAUAAAUCAACUAAUUGGUUUGAAUACUUUCUUUUUAAA